CUAUAUUUGGUAUUUUAUUUUAGGCACUGCUGUCAGUGUCCAUUCUACGUGCAAAAAGUGCAGCAUCUCCUGGGAGUGGGCGAGCCAACCUUUCUCUUGUAUGAUGCCUUGGGGGAACCUUAUUGUUGCUGCUGCCAUAUUAUUCAGCGGAUGCAGUCCUGUUAAGGCUCUCAACUUCCUGAAUUUCGCAGGCAUCAGGAGUUUCAGUUACAGGACAUAUAAUGCUCUACAACAGCUCUAUCUUGUUCCAGCAAUUGAGCAGGUAUUGUAUUACAUGUAUAAUAGUAUGCUAUAGUAUUUUAUAAUUCUACCAUCAUUUCUCUAAUCUGGUUGGUUUAACUAAUUGAAGUUAUUGAUCAAUAGGUUUGGCAGCAGAAGCAGCAAAGUAUGUUUGAGGAAAUAAAAAGCAAAGACCACGCUGUAAAAUUAGGUGGGGAUGCCCGGUGCUGCUCUCCUGGACACACUGCAAAAUUCGGCUCAUACUCAGUCAUGGACCUGAGCACGUCAAAAGUUUUGGAUAUUCAACUUGUCCAGAGCAAUGAAGUGCCAAACUCGUACCAUAUGGAGCUUGAAGGGCUAAAAAGGUGUUUGAGAAAGCUUCACCAGGAGGAAAUACCAAUAUCGCACCUUGUAACAGACAGGCACAGUCAAGUUAAAGCCUACAUGAAGCGUGACCAACCACAGAUUGUACACAUGUUUGAUGUUUGGCAUGUUGCUAAAGGAGUCUACAAAAAGCUGGAAGCUCUUUCAAAAAAGAAAAACUGUGAACUAGUUGGGGCAUGGGCCCACUCUAUUAGCAAUCACAUUUAUUGGUGUGCAGCUUCGAGUGAUGGGAAUGGAGAGCUGAUUCUGGAGAAAUGGAUCUCCAUUUUAAACCAUGUAACAGAUGUACAUGAAGGGCAUGGAGAACUAUACCCGAGAUGCCUUCAUGGACCAGUUGAUGACAGACAAUGGAUUAGGAGAGGAUCAAAGGCAUUCUUAGAACUGGAGACAGUUGUUAGGGGAAGGAUGCUGCUGACAGAUAUUAAGCAACUAUCAAAUGUUGGCCAAACCUCAUGCUUAGAGGCUUAUCAUAAAGUAGUGUGCUUUUUUGCACCCAAAGCUGUACACUUCUUUUACAUACAGAUGCAGGCUCGGAUAUACCUAGCAGCUCUGCAUUUCAAUGAAAAUGUAAGCAGACCACAAAGCAGAACAAGGGAGGGGGAGAAGCAGUACAGUGUUUCCUAUCCAAAAGGUCGCCAUGGAGAGGGUGUUGCAAAGGAAGUUAAAGUUGAUCAAACUUUCAAUUACAUCUCUGACCUGAUGGAUGCUGUUGUGGAUCUGCGCACUGUCAAUGACAGCUAUACAAAAGCAAGGGAGGCUAUGAACUUGCCUAGGAGAUUGCCUGAACCACUAUCACAGAGCACACCCAAGCCACCAAAACAUGUGACAAUUCAGAAACAUGUCACUCGUUUCAAUGAUAAUUGAUACUAAAGGUGUUUUAAAAAAACUGUUCAUUCUGAAAUCUGUCCAGAUUUGGUAAAACACUUCUGAUGUGUGUUUUCAUCGAUAUAAACUGAGCUAAUAAAUGAUAUAUGUAUAGUUUAAUAUGCA